GGGCUAACUUAUUAUGUAAGCGACUCUAUUUAUUACAACGUGUCAGAGAGGAGCGUGCAUAUCAAUGUCACGUGCCUAUCCAUGCAGUCCAGGUGUUUAACAUGUGCUCUUCUUUAUGAAGAUUUACAUCUCUCGCUGCUGCAAGYAUAUUAAAUCAUGGAAUCAUCACCUCUAGAGUCACUUUUUGGUGAGUCAGGCGAUAUACCUCUAACAGUUGGUAARCGAGAUUUGGAAAGAGCUUUCCGGUCCAUUCUCGAGCAACUUGCAAGYCAGCGCCGUACCAGCAACCCUUGGAGUGAAACUGAGGGACGCCGAAAUUGCGACGAAAGCUGYCAAUAUGCUACAAGGAAGUGUUGCUGCGAUAGAAACGAAGCACCGUCCUUCUCAUUGGCAUUUAGUARUCCAAGAUGCUGUAGCGCUAAUGGUGUUGGGCGUGGUUCAUCUUGUAGAACCGCUGGCCACAAUAAGGUACUGCAGAUUCAUCUUCCUGAGUCUUCUAAAGACCCCUGUCAGAUUUUGAUCACAUCAUGUCGCGAUCAAGUGAGUGUAAAGUAUUUGCAACARGGACAACAAUUUACAUUUUCUACAAAUGGUACACCUAUAUCACAAGAAGUUAACGAUCAAAUGUUCUCGAACGCAGAAAGUGAUUCGAGAACAAGUGGGCGAAACGCCAGUGUAAAUCGUGCGAGAGAGACUGUUUACUUCCCAAAUGAGGAGGGACUAGGAGCAACUCAUUCGAGCGGUCUUAAUCUACAAAAUAAUAACCCUAAUAUACAAAAUAUUAACCCUCUUGGAAUCGUUAUCCAAGAUGUCAUGUCCCAACGACAGGCCGAAAGCAUAGCUCAGUCGAACAAUGUAUCAAUGAAGAAAUCAUUAGGGGAAUCCGAACGCSUUGCUACUCAGCUUGGAGGAAGRAGCUCUUCURAAGAGGRCACAGUAGAARAGCYCCAUGAUAAUGGAGUUGUGUUGUCUCUAAAUGAACCAAAUGUAAGCGAUGGGUCUUUCCUGGAUAUUCCUCCAUCGAAAAGGCAGAAGAAACAGUCACUGGACACUUUUAUUGACUCACUCUUAGACAAAMGAGCGCGCGAGGCGAGCCAGAAAAAUUCCGAUGAAAGAGAUGGGACAAUUGGGUACACAAAAGUCCAAGAAACUUCUCUUGAAACUCGCGAAGAAACAUUAUCUAGAACAAUGGAUGAUGAUUUGACUUCUAAGCGUGCUGACACUGGCAAGGUUACAGACAGUCGUCUCUCGUCAGAGGUAUUGAAAGAAACAGCGACGGUGCCAAUUUUGGCACAGRCAAUAAGCGAUCCGAGUYCUUUAGUGAAAGAUUCRUCACCAAUAGCAACUGUGAUGCCRUCAAUAACCCUUYCCGCUGCCGAGAAUAAGUCACCCAUGAAGAAAGGWCGCUUUAAGUGYCAGUAUUGCAACGAGUUAUUCCAGCAACGGAGCCAAUGCCUUCUUCACAUYUCGCAACAACACGUKGAAGAACGCCCUCAUCACUGCCCACUCUGCGACGCUACCUUCAAGAAAAGAAGGAGCCUUAAGUACCAUAUAAGACAUCACAAUGGAGAACGGCCCUUUAAGUGCACCUACUGUGAUAAGGCCUUUAAGGAAAAGUACCAUUUGACAGUCCAUAUAAGGACGCAUACGGGAGAACGUCCCUUUGCUUGCACACAAUGCGGUAAGGCCUUUAAACAAACUAAUGAACUCACCUCCCACAUAAGGACCCAUACUGGAGAAAGGCCCUAUAAAUGCAACCUGUGUGACAGAUGGUUCAAGCGAAGAAGUCAACUUUACAAUCAUAAUAUAAGUCAUCUUCCUGACCAUGCUUUGGAAUCGGUAACAAGCAACAACGAAAUGGAUUCAAUUUGAACGCUAUGAAGUCAUUUCCGUCUGAGAUAAACUUUUUUUGUCACAUAUAUAACACCGGUUCUAUAAUACCCCAUGUUGAUAUCACAGAACGUUUGAUCGUUUGUAUAACGUAUGAGUGUAAGUCAUUCUAAUUGUAAGAUAAUUUAAUUUAAUCAAAAGAACAACAGAUCUUAGUAAAAUGGCAAAGUGAAU